AUGUCAGAACCUGAAAAACGGGUCCACCAUCAGGUUAAUGCCUUCGAAGAAGAGGAGAUGGAUGGGCAGGGAGAAGGUGCUGGUCCCCUUCCCGACAUCCCCGCCGCAAGCCUGAAACGAAACAUCCGGAGGCUCGAUUCUAUUGUACCAACGGCCGGGAAAGAAGGAGCUGAUAUUCAGUUCAAUCUCUACAAAGGUCGUGGAGUUGCUGUGUUCACAUCUGGGGGUGACUCGCAAGGUAUGAACAGCGCUGUACGAUCCGUGGUCCGUAUGGGUAUUUACCUUGGCUGCAAAGUAUACUUUAUCAACGAAGGGUAUCAGGGAAUGGUAGAUGGUGGUGACAACAUUGUGGAGGCUAAUUGGAAUUCCGUAUCCGACAUUAUUCAGAAAGGAGGAACGAUUAUUGGCUCAGCACGCUGUUCGGAUUUCCGCAAAAGAGAAGGACGAUUAAAGGCUGCAUAUAACCUUAUCGAGAAAGGUAUAACUAAUUUGGUCUGCAUCGGUGGUGAUGGUUCCCUUACUGGUGCGAACCAAUUCCGAAAGGAUUGGCCUGGGCUCAUCAAGGAGUUGGUGGAAACCAAGAAGAUUACCCCAGAAACCGCUGCUAAUCAUCCUAACAUCCAAAUUGUCGGCCUCGUUGGAUCCAUAGACAAUGAUUUUUGUGGAACUGACAUGACUAUUGGAACGGACAGCGCCUUACAGCGUAUUAUUGAGUCAAUCGACGCUGUAGUGGCCACUGCUCAAAGUCACCAGCGUUCGUUUGUCGUUGAGGUCAUGGGUCGCCACUGCGGUUACCUGGCCCUGGUCGCUGGUCUAGCCUCUGAGGCUGAUUUCUGUUUUAUCCCAGAGUGGCCUCCUCCAGUCAACUGGCGUGAGAUUCUCUGCAAAAAACUGCAGGAGAUGCGUGCUGAGGGUCAACGUCUGAACAUUAUCAUUGUUGCCGAAGGAGCAAUCGAUCGUGAUGGUACCCCAAUUUCAGCUGAACUCGUUAAAGACGUCGUGGCAAAAACGUUGAAUUACGAUACCAGGGUCACUGUAUUAGGCCAUGUCCAACGUGGUGGUGCUCCGUCUGCGUUUGAUCGCCUUCUUGGGUGCAGAAUGGGUGCCGAAGCCGUGCUAGCGCUCAUGGAAAUGAACGAGGAGUCUGAACCUUGCGUCAUUUCCAUUGAUGGCAAUCAAAUGGUGCGUGUGCCCCUGAUGCAGUGUGUAGAACGAACUCAAGCGGUGCAAAAGGCAAUGAAUGCCAAAGAUUGGGAAUUGGCAGUUAAGCUGCGAGGACGCAGCUUUCAGCGGAACCUCGAAACAUAUAAGUUGCUGACAAAACUGCGCACCGUCGAAAAGGAUAAUCUUUCUGGUGGACAGAACUUCAAUGUAGCCGUUAUGAACGUUGGAGCUCCUGCUGGAGGUAUGAAUGCUGCUGUUCGCUCAUUUGUGCGUAUGGCUUUGUACCAUCACUGCACAGUUUUUGGUGUUGAGGAUUCAUUUGAGGGCCUUGCCAAUGGAGCUUUCAAGAAGUUCCAAUGGGGAGAUGUGACCAACUGGGUAAUGCAUGGUGGCUCAUUCUUAGGAACACAGAAGCAACUGCCUAACGAGAAGAACGUUCCAUUAAUUGCUGAACAGCUUAGAAAGCAUAAUAUUCAAGCUCUUCUGCUUGUUGGAGGAUUCGAGGCUUAUCACUCAACCCUUAUUUUGUCAAAGAACCGUGACAAAUACCCUGAAUUCUGUAUACCCAUGUGUGUAAUCCCAUGCACAAUCAGUAACAAUGUUCCAGGAACUUCCAUAUCCCUGGGUUCGGAUACUGCUAUCAAUGAAAUUUGCACUAUGAUCGACAAGAUUAAGCAGUCCGCCACAGGAACAAAGAGAAGGGUAUUCAUUAUUGAAACCAUGGGUGGAUAUUGUGGUUACUUAGCCACACUAUCUGCAUUGGCCUCUGGUGCUGAUAACGCUUACAUUUUUGAGGAGAAGUUUACCGUUGAGGACAUUAUUGAAGACGUGGAGGUUAUCGCCGCCAAAAUGGCUCAAGGAGUUCAGCGAUACCUCAUCGUUAGAAAUGAGUACGCUAACAAGAACUUCACAACAGAAUUUGUAAAGCAGCUUUUCGCCGAAGAAGGGAAAGGAGAGUUCUCAACGCGUAUAAAUAUCCUUGGUCAUGCACAACAAGGUGGCAGCCCGACACCGUUCGAUCGUAACAUGGGGACGAAGUUGGCUGCAAGAGCACUCGAAUACAUCAUUACACAAAUAAAGGACUCCAUGGUGAACGGCGUUGUUAUGACUAAGUCCCCAGAAACGGCAACAUUACUUGGCCUGACAGGAAGACGCGUCGUUUUCACUCCUGUUGAAGAACUAGCUUCUGAAACCGAUUUCGAUAAACGUUUACCGUGCGAUCAAUGGUGGCUUAAAUUGAGACCACUGCUGCGUAUCUUGGCCAAGCACACUUCCAUCUACCACACUGAAGCCAUGGAAGAGACGGAAGACUUUGAUUAG